CGUUUUCUCAUUCCAUUUUGUGACUCCAACAAGUUAACAUGGAUUAAGAUUUGCUUUUAUAUCUUUCACUUUCUUUGCCUUUUACUGUCGACAUUUUUAUCAUGAAAGACCGUUCAAGUGUCUCAACUUCAGUUUUAUUUCAAUUUAUUUUGUCGACUAACUUGACCAUUGGCUAAUCUUGAAAUGUGAAAUGCUUGAUCAUUUUAUGAAUGAAUCCAUUUUUUAAGAUUCAACUUUAUUCUUUUCUGUGGUUCAAUGUUUUCAAUGUGGGAUUAAGUUUUGAAAUGUGAUCUUCCUUUUGGGCAAAAACAUCUUCUAAUGGUCUGUAGGUUUACUCGACCGGUUCAUUUUGUGUGCAACUUGGAGAGUUACAACGGUUUAUGGCCGAUAAUUUGUUUACUACCUUAACCAGUGGUAGACCUUAUGAGUAUGACCCUUCAAUCACGAGCUGUUCGAGUGUCAACUCUUGCUUAAAAGAGAAUGGACAGUCUUUCAAUGUUCCGCUGAAUGAAAAUACUUUUAAAGUCUAUCCAAGUGAACCGCCUAAAUAUAACCAAUCGGGUGAACAUUCAAUCAAUUUUUGGUCAACCACUUCAGAUUUAUCAUCUUCAUCGUCUUCAUCACUGUGCUCUACCUUUACAAAUGAAAACACUUGGAAUCGAAAUAAACUUAGAAGUAAUCGUCCACCAUUAUUAUCGCUUUCAUCACCAUAUUCAUGUUCAAAUUCGGCAGCAAAUCCAACGUCAAGUUGUACACCAGCAGCGGCAAUAUCAAAGAGUUCAAUAUCAAACAAAUGCAGUUCCAUUGUUUACCCCACAUCUCGAUAUAAUCUUUACUCAGUGGAAGAAAAGACUCAAAGACAGAGAUUAUCUUCUGAUGAUAUUGAACAAGGUGAAUAUGGAAGUCAAGAGUUUGAAGAGGAGAUUGAUGAUGAUGCUGAAGAUGAAGAAGAGUUCGAUGAAGACGAUGAUGGAAGAGAUUCAACUGAAAGUAAAGGCUUUCUGGUUCCCUUACGUGGCUGUGAUACUAUCGAACCUCAAGCCGAUGCCUUGCCUGGAAUCUUACGGAACAAGUUGCACCAUUCGGUUACCUCAACUGAAUCACUGCCUAGAUCUAGUCACGGUGAACCGAUACCUUGCAAUUAUGCCAAACUGAAUGAGCCAAACUUGACUGGUAAUGCUGAUGACAGUGGUGAAGAUGAAGAAGAAGAAGAAGAGGACGAUGAUGAUGAAAAUGUCACUUGUGAUAAAUUAAUUGGAAAAGUGGGUCGAAAAGAAGGUGGAAAAUUAAUGAAAAAUCAAACAAUGGACAGUGAGUCACCUCACCCCAAACCAUUGACUCGGUUCACUCCUAAAGGGGUCUCCAUCACACCGUCAACUGUAACCUCAUCAUCAGCCUCAAAGUGCAAGGCAAGCACAACAACAGUUGCCUCUAAACUUGCGCCACCAGGUGAACCUGUCUCAAGCACCACUAAUGAGCGACUCAAUCAACCUCGUGUAAGCCUUUUAGGUCGACCCUUGUGUCUCAAUGUAGCCCGUAAUCGAACUCGUGAUCAAAUUAUUCGUAAAUACCAAUUUCUUGUCCACAAUUUUCUUGAACGCCCACGAGGUAAACGUGCUCUUUCAUAUCACAUGCUAGUGUUUUGUAUGGUAUUUACUUGCCUUAUUUUGAGUGUUUUUUCAACAAUUAAGGAGUAUGAAGAUGCUGCCUCUGCAAUACUUUUAAAAAUGGAAUUGUUGAUGAUAGUUUGGUUUACAGUUGAAUUUUUUUUACGACUUUGGUCAGCCGGAUGCCGAUCGAGAUAUCAAGGUUGGGUUGGAAGGAUGCGCUUUUUACGAAGUCCUUUUUGUGUUAUUGAUAUUGUUGUUAUUAUUGCAUCCAUUGUGGUCUUUAUCGUUGGAACUGGAGGUCAAGUUUUUGCUACUUCAGCCCUUCGUGGCCUUCGAUUCUUCCAAAUACUCCGAAUGGUUCGAAUGGACAGAAGAGGUGGAACAUGGAAACUAUUAGGUUCAGUUGUCUAUGCACAUCGACAGGAGCUCAUCACGACUGUUUACAUUGGCUUUCUUGGCCUCAUAUUUUCAUCCUUCCUUGUAUAUUUAGUUGAAAAAGAUUCAAAUCCGGAAACCUUUGAAAAUUUUGCAGAUGCCCUUUGGUGGGGAGUGAUAACACUUUGUACAGUAGGUUAUGGUGAUAUUGUACCUAAAACAUGGCCUGGUAAAUUGAUAGCAUCUUUUUGUGCACUUCUUGGAAUCUCAUUUUUUGCCUUACCUGCGGGAAUUCUUGGUUCUGGCUUUGCUUUAAAAGUUCAACAACAACAAAGACAAAAGCACAUGAUCAGACGCCGAGGUCCAGCAGCAACCUUAAUCCAAUGCCUUUGGCGAUGUUAUGCUGCCGAUGAGAAUUCAAUGUCAGUUGCUACUUGGAAGAUUCAUCAAGUACCAUUACCAAGUCCUCCAGCAUACACUUCGGGUUCAUUUACUUUGAGGCGUAAAGAGAAGCUGGAUUUGCCACCUUCAAGUGGCAGUCUAUUUAAACACAAUACUUCAUUCGUGAGUCGCUUUUCAACGAAACGUCGCCACAAACCCACAACUACACCUUCACAUGUACAUUCUCCUGUAACUCGAAGUCGUUACACACCUUUAGCUGAUUCAACCAAUCAACGAAAUGAAGGCAACAAUAACAAUGAUGGUCCGCGAAUACCUGCAAGUGUUAGUGAAGAUAGUGUUACAAAGGAAGUCUCAGACACAUCGAAACGAAACUCAGAUGGACCUUCGUCUAGAAAUUCAUUCUUAAGGAACCUUGACUCUUUAGACGUGGACGAUGGAUCAGUACCAUUGGUAUUGUGUCACAUGCUCCAGCGUGAUUGUAAUCAUCCACCAUUACUUGCUCUUUCACCCACUUUUCAACCUCAUUUCUACGAUGCCUCAGAAAUAUCUCCCGACCAAAGGCCAAGCUAUUUUUGUGCACCCAAUAUAUUUUCACGGUCUCGUAAAGAGAGCAUUAAAUUAGAUGAAGAACCAGAAGAACCCAAGUUGACUGUUUUAACGAAGCAACACAAGAAUGCAAUAAGAUCCCUUCGAAAGAUCAAAUAUUUCGUUGCUCGACGCAAGUUCAAGGAAGCUCUUAAACCUUAUGAUGUCAAAGAUGUUAUUGAACAAUACUCAGCUGGUCAUGUUGAUUUAUUGGCGAGAACAAAGAAUAUCCAAGCAAGGUUGGACGUCAUUUUGGGUAAAGUUGGUUCCAAAGCCAUUGAUGCCUAUGAAUCUAAAAUGAGUUUAGCUUCAAGGAUUGUUAAAGUUGAGCGAACGGUUGAAGACGUUGAGAAUAAAGUUGAUCAACUAUUGGAAAUGUACUUGGAAGAUCGAUGUAACUUUCAAGCUCUUUCAACAAUCUUAAUCAAUAACCGAUCAACGGGGCCACCAAGUUCAUCAUCUUUAACAAUCAAUCAAAACUCCUAUCCACAACCACCCACAACCAAUUAUACUCAACAACAACAGCAACAACAACAACAACACUAUUCACAUUGUGCUCAAGAAAUUACCUCACCAACACCACCUUGUCUAAUGGGUGCAACUGCAUCACCAAGUCCACUCAUUGGACUCUCAACUCCACCUGGAGCCUCGCCCUUGCCCCAUCCAACAAGCCUACUCUCCUCAGCCUCGGGUCCGUACACAUUUUCACCUUAUCCUGGUGGACCUGCCGGUGGUACCAUUUACUCUCAUCCUACCGGUGCUCCAAUCACUUUUGUAACCCGUCCUAAGCCCAUUCUGGUGGACAAACAAUCCUCUGAACCCAAUACUCCAGUUUCCAAAAAUUUUGACCGUCCAAUGACCCGAGGCAACUCUGACCUUUCUCAAAGGUUUGUCAAGAAACGGGUCACUCUUCGUCAUUCCCUGGAUACCUGUACACCAGCCUCUUCACACCGAUCAGGAUCAACUGGUACCGAGGGUACAUCAAGUGGUCUCACUGGUUCCCAUUGGUCUCGAGGUCUUGUCUCUUCUGUUAUAACCUCAACCUCUUCCCCAUCAGCCUUUGAUCAAGUCUACCCUAGGCGUACAAUUAAAUCUGAAUCUUCACUGGGCUGCAUCAUUCAUCCUUCCACUUCUUCGACCACUCCUUCAAUCAUCAUUGGACCUGAAGGAGGUGAACCCCCGAUAUCACCUUCAUCUUCCUCUUCGACAACUUACCUUCUUUUGAGCCGUCGCGAUUCAAAUUACGAUAGAGAUUCAAUUUCCACUCAAAUGUCCUCCAUAGAUUCAACUGAGCCAGAUGUUCCACAUGAACCAUGUACUCUGGUUACCUCAGAGGUAGCAUCUUUAUCUGACUCGGAAUAUGGUCAAUUGCCUUCAGGAACAUUUGAAUCAAUUAGAGAAGCCUCGCCAAUUCCAGGACAAGAAUCAAGUUACCAUUAUCAACCCUUUCACCAGCCAAGCCAAUAUCAUCAACAGCAAAAGCCAACAACAUCUACCAGUCAAUUUUCAUCAACUGACCAGCCAACAGGUCAAGGAACGGUCAGAGUAACAUCAUCAAUACCUUCAUCAUCAUCAUCAUCAUCAAGAGUCAAUAUGUAUCUUCCCUCAACUGGAAUGGACAACAGUGAAGCCAAUAUAAAUAAUAGGACAAUAAAUUCCAAUAACAAUAAUACAAGCAACAAUAAUAAUGCUAAUAAUAAAAAUUAUGACAAUAAUAAUAACAAAGAGUACAGAAGCAGUAGUUUGAGAUUGAGUAAAGAGUCCAUUGAAAAAGAUGGUGAAUCUGAUUGUGAUAUAAGUACGUCAACAGUGAUCCACAAAGAUACAGACUCGUUGAUCAAAAGUGCAACCUCAAUGGGAUCAACUUCAUCGGUUGACUCCAAGGCUUUACCUUCGCCUGGAACCACAUCAAGUCCAAUGCCAACCUCAAGCUCAACCUCAACCUACAGAUAUCACCAUCCACACCACUACCAUCAUGUAUCCCAUCGUCGACACCGUCAAGCACCAUAUCCACCAACAGUUGUACCGAUAUCACCCUCAGUCUCACCCCUGUUUCCCUCAUCACUCUCACCCAAUCCACCCUCAAGCCCGGUAUCACUAAGUCCUUCACCAACACCUCUGGUUCAGCCAACCUUAAUGCAACCCUCAACCUCAGGCAACCUUUUACCUUCAAGCUCACCACGAAGCCAGUCAAGCCCAAGCUCAACAUCAUCAUCAAGCGGAGCUUUACCAACAACCGUCAUCUUUAAAGCAAGCAAAUCAAAAGAAUCAAAAGACGACCUUUGACCCCUCCACAGUCCAUAGCUCAUUGACCAAUUGAAAAACUUGAUACUCGAAACAAGCAAAAGAAAAAAAAACGAAAUGCUCUUUUAACUCAAAAUUUCGAAGAAAAAAAUUGUUCUUUUUGGCCUUUUCCUACUCAAAGACGACAACUAUUUAGAUUACCAUUGUUGCCAUCGACAUUAUUGUUAUUGUUCAAUCGUCUCUCAAUGAGAUGAAAGGGGCAAAUUUGUUUGACCAACGCAAAGCGAACCAAAAAUUGUUUCAGAAAAGUGUUUUUAUUUCAAUUUUGACAAAAAAAGAAAAUUCGCUUUUCUUUACUUUUCUCUUCUUCUUCCUGCUCAAUCAAGGUUCAUUAAUUAAAAAGUUAAUCACAAUUAUUUCCAAAUGAGAUGAGAUUUUACAAUUUGUAUCAAAAAACUUGAAAUCGUUAAUCAUGAUGAAAAUGAUUAGCCAAUAGUGAGAAGUGAAAAAUAAUGAAAUCUUUCUCAAUUUACUUUAACUUGGACCAAAAAUGAUUAUCACAAUUAAUAUUAUACAAAACAAAACGAAACAAAUUGUUGACAUUUGUACACAAAAUACAUUGAAACAAUUAUCAUUAUCAUAUUUAUUAUUGUAAUUGGUAAUCAUCUGAAGAUGAUUUUCCAAUCGUUUCAUUUUCUUCUCUCUUCUCUUUCAAUCCAAAAUCAAUUGCAAUUACAAUCGAAAUUAGGAAUUUUAUUUUUAAUUAUUUUUCAUUUCAUUCAUCAAAUCAACCAAGACUGUGAAAUGCAUCACCUUUUUUGUAUCAAUUAUUUUAUCCUUUGAUGAUAAGUUAAUUUUGAGACACUUUUUUUCAUCACUUUUUUGCAUUCAAAUUGUCACAGCCAAUCAGCUAAGUUUCAAAUAAUGUUCACAACUUUUUUGGGUUCAAUGUGCCAGAUUAAUCUUUCAGCUUGUCAAAUGUUCAUGAUUGUAAUUACACUGGAUAUUGGUUUGACAAAUGAAACUUUUCACUUUUUCUUUUUUCCAUUGGUUUUCUUUUCUUCCCUAGAAAUGAUAAAACAAAACUAAAUGUUGAAAUACAAUUGUUCACCUGAAAAUGCCUCAAAAAUGUAAUAAUUAAUUGAAAAAAAAGAAGAAAAAGAUAAAAUUCUAAUUGCCUAA